AUGUCAGCAAUGAAGAAUAACUUCGAUUACAAAGUUGUGAAUUCAGAUAGAAAACUUUGGUACAUCCGAUGCGUGGACAACAAGUGUAGGUGGAGUGUUCGUGCUGAGGGGUUAUCAGGAUCUACAUAUUUUAUCAUCAAAAAAUAUGUGGCGGAUCAUACAUGUGCUGCGUCAAAUAUGGAUAAUGGUGGUCGGACAGCUUCUGCAAAAACUAUUAGGAGUCUAAUAAUGCAUAGGUAUGAUGGUGUCAAAGAAGGUCCCAAAGCUAAUGAUAUCAUACAGAUUAUGAGAAUGGAACAUGGAUGCGAGAUAUCGAAAUCAUUAGCGUGGGACGCUCGUGAGUAUGCGAUUAAUCUGGUUAGAGGCAUUCCCGAGCAGAGUUUUGGAAAAAUUCUGAAAUACUUGCACAUGCUGAAAGAAGCUAAUCCAGGAACACACACAUUUUACGAAACCGAUGUUGAUGGUAAAUUCAGAUUUCUCUUUCUUUCGUUUGGGCAAUCAGUACGAGGAUUUCAUACAUCCAUGCGAAAAGUUCUUGUUGUUGAUGGGACAUUUUUGAAGAGCAAAUACAAAGGAGUAUUACUUGUUGCGACAGCUUUAGAUGGAAACUUCAACUUGUAUCCUAUUGCAUUUGCUGUUGUCGACUCGAAAAAUGAUCGUUCAUGGAAUUUGUUUUUCAGACAACUAAAGGUUGUUGUUCCGGACGAGCGUGGUCUUGCGUUUGUGUCGGACAUAAAUAACUCACUUUGUAAGGGGUUUGAGAAUGUGUAUCCUCUUUCUCAACAUGGAAUUUGUAAUCACCAUUUGUUAAAUAAUGUGGUCACACAUUACAGAGGAAAAGGAGUGGUUGGAUUGAUUGCAAAAGCUUCUAAAGCUUAUAGAGUUGUUGAUUUUCAGAAGCGAUUCGAAGCUGUGUGCAAUAUUAGUCCAGCUAUGGGAGAAUAUUUAACAGAUGCAGAUGUUACAAAGUGGGCUCGCUGUCAGUUUCAAGGAUACAGGUAUGACAUCAGGACGACAAACCCGGCUGAGUUAAUAAACUCUGCUUUGCGCUCACCAAGAGAGUAUCCAGUCAUUCCUUUGUUGGAUAGCAUCAGAGAAAUGCUUACCCAUUGGUUCUUCGAACGACGCACACGAAGCAGGAAGCACACAAUGCCAUUAACUAUUGCCAUCGAGAAAAAGAUAGAUAGACGGAUUAACAAGGGUAAAACGUUUCUUGUCCAGCCAGUUAACGAGCAUCGUUUUUUGGUUCGUGGAGAUACAAUCGACUGCCUGAUUGAUUUGGACAGAAGAACCUGCUCUUGUGGGAAAUAUGACCUACUGAAAAUCCCAUGUAGACACGCAAUCAAGGCUGGUUUAACAGUUGGCCGCGCCCCAUCCUCACUAACGGAUUUCAUGUACACGACUUCCAAUUGA